AUGGAUGAGGACUUCUCCUCCCAGAUGAAGAAGAUGGCCUUGGCCAUGGGCACAUCCCUGUCAGACAAGGACAUUGAAAUGCUACCCACCGACAUGAGGCACCACGGGUCCUUCAACUACCUCAAGUUCUUCGAGCACAUGAGUAAGUUCCGCGCCCUGGGCCAGCUGGACGCUGCCAUCCGCAAGGCCUUCCAGGUCCUGGACAAGGACAAGAGCGGCUUCAUCGAGUGGAACGAGAUCAAGUACAUCCUGUCCAUCAUCCCCAGCAGCGGGCCCACAGCCCCGCUGACAGACGAGGAAGCUGAGGCCAUGAUCCAGGCGGCGGACACAGACGGGGACGGAAGGAUCGACUACGAAGAAUUUUCUGAAAUGAUCAAAAAGGAGAAAAUUCCAAAAAAGAAGUAG